UUGAGCGGGCUCCUGAGGUGUCUGACAGACUGGCCAGUGGGUUGUAAUCUGGCCUUUCCUCAGCGUCACACAAACUGAUGGACAGUGAUCCCUUCAGGACGUGAGCCAGUAAGCAGAGAACUUGGAUCCAGGUUCAUCGACAUGUCUGAGAAUCGAGUUCAACAUAGCUGGGAUAGUUUCCACAAUGCUCAGGAAAAUCACGUGUCUCUGAUAGACUUGACAAACCACUAUGACAAUAGAGUAUGUGGUAACGGAUGUGUUUUAACAGCAAAAUAAAUGGAUUACAAGCCCCGUAGGAUGAAAAAAGCAUAAAGAUGAUUGCUGUCAAUCUGAGAAUCACACUGAACACAUUUCAAUAUGAACAAAAAAGUAAACCCUAAUGUAACUGUAAGCUGAUUGGUCAGCAACGUGGAGGGGGUGGGGUUUACAGUAUUGCAUCCUAACUGAUGUCAUAUAAAUAGGGUUUUUGUUCCAGACCUCCUUGUGCACAGAUGGAUGACAGACUGCCCUCUACAACAUGCUGCUCAUAAACACCUGAAUAAGAUUGCUUUUUCUUUUUAUGUCACAUUAUUUGUACAGUCUUUGGUAAAAUAAUAAAUAGUAAAUAAACUUGGUUAUUUGGUUAAUAUUUGCAUCAGUCAACAUCAUAAUAUGGAGAUUUCCAGCGCAACUGUCCUGCCAGUUGUUAAUGCUUGGCCCCAGUCUGCAGGACUCAUGGAGAUUGCUGUCAGGCUGUGCCUAAACCAACGUAAACAACUGUGUCCUCAUGUCUGGGUCCCGAUCCUGAAACCUCAUCGCCCCUGCAUCCGUCCGGUGUCAGAUCGUCUGUCCUCUGACCACCCGAGCCAGGCUUGUGUGACGCACCCCCUGUCGUCUUUCUUGGAUGACUUAGACGACGAGGAUUUGCUCCCGAUCAAGAAGCAGGUUGCCUUCGCUGACUCCAGAGGUUUGUCUCUCGCAGAUGUGAGGGUGUUCUCUGAAGAAGAGGAGCAGUCGGACCUGCACCUGCUGCCAUCGCUGCAGGCUUUGGAGAGGAGGACGGAGGACAGCUACUGCUGCACCGUCAGCACCUGCUGCCCAGGAACCCGGCUUCGACUGGGUUUCCAGCAGCCCUCCGUGGACUUCCAGGCCUUCCGUGCCAAGCUGGCAGAGAGCAUGAUCGUCCUGGAGAACUGCUCCGUGACUGAGCAGGCCCUGCGAGGCGCUGUGCGCGUGAGGAACCUCAGCUUCCAGAAGGACGUGCAUGUGCGCAUCACCCUGGAUUCAUGGCAGAGCCACAGAGACGUGCCCUGCACCUACCUGCAGAGGCGCUUCGGAGGACCUCACACAGACAUCUUUGAGUUUGACAUCCCCAUUCCUAAAGUGCUAGAUGCCAAGCGGAGGAUAGAGUUCUGCCUGCGUUAUUUGCCCGGGGGGCACCGCGAGCCCUUCUGGGACAAUAACAAUGGGCUCAACUACAGCAUUCUAGUGUGUGUGACCUCACACCUGUGUUAAAGCGCUAGAAAAUAAGCUUUACAUGUAAUACAUAGUCCUUGGUUUGAUGAGGAGAGAAAGGUGGAGUUGGGUGUUUUUUAUUACCUUUGUAUUGUUUUUAUACAAUUUCAGCAUCUGGUUCAUAUAAAAUGGAUUGUAGAGUUGUUGCUUGACCUUAA